GGUUGACAAUCGGCUUUUGCGCACGGCUACAGUGCAUGAACGCGUGCAUCGUAAAGCAGUGUGUUGAAGGUUGUUAUGUGUGUGCCGGCCUGCUGCUUAUGUGGUCAACACAUUAAUGAAAAGAGAAAAAAAGUCAACUCCAUCUAUCAUCACCACCAACCAUUCAAGGCCGAUCAAGGCCAAAGAAGACGACAAAACAACCCGUCAACAUUUGUAGAGAAUAGGUCAAAAUGUUCUUUCUAAAACGGCUAGAACAUACGAUUCAACUACAUCCUUCUUUCUUUGGUGCUUCAAUGCAAGAAUACCUACAAAAAGAAUUGAAAACAGAAGUUGAAGGAAAAUGUUCGGGUACGAUUGGUUAUAUCGUUCGUGUUUUGGUAAUACAUACAAUAGGUGAAGGAAUAAUUUUGGCCGGAGGAGAUGGAAAAGCAGAAUUUAAUAUGGAAUAUACUGCUUUGGUAAUGAAACCUUUCAAAGGUGAAGUUGUGGAUGCUUUGGUAACAAAUGUUAACAAGAUGGGUUUCUUUGCAAGCGUUGGACCGUUAAGCAUUUUCACUUCAACACAUUUACUACCUCUCGAAUUCAAAUUUCAACCUGAUUCAAAUCCGCCAGAAUUUGCCGCUCCCGAUGGACAAUCGAUCGUUAAAGGCAAGAAAGUCAGACUACGAAUCGUUGGUACACGUGUUGAUGAAAGUGAAAUCUUUGCAAUCGGAAGUUGCAAGGAAGAUUAUGUGGGCGUCGUGGAUGGAUGAUGGCUUGACAAAGCGAAAAAUAGACAACCUUGCAGUUCUUGGCGAAAAGGGCUGCUCAAAAUGUAUACUAGUAACAAACAAGCAAUGCAAACACAGACAUUGUUGGACACAUGGUUGAAUGAAUGCGGGUGUAGAAAGAUGAGGAUGGCGUCAUGAUGACAGGAGUAUCGGGUACGUAUCAAUGAUGAAGCAGACGAUCAUGGAAGCAGUCUUACACAUCUCAGUGUCGCACGUAAUCAGAUAUAGUGGGAAGGUCUCACUGUCAUUUCAUUGUUCUGUGGUGCUCUAAUAUUGUUUUAUGAAUCUAUGUAGGUUGCUUCAGCUUCGGAAAGUGGC